AUGGCGAAUCUGCAGAAGGACGUCGAGGCGCUGGACCGCGUGCUGUUUCGCCUCGCGAGUGUCGAUGAUGAGCGUAUGCUGCAAGUACUUCAGUCUCUGUUACCUCAUCUACUCUCGCUCUUCCCGCGGUCGCUCGUAACACCGCUCGAAUUACAGCUUAAGGACAAGAUAUUACAAGUGGUCUCCCAUAUCAAGACGCGUCUUCAGGCACUAACGCACCCCACGCUGCCAUUAGACACACUGUGCCAAGUACUGCAGCAAACAGAGCUCUCUGUUUUCUCAUACAAUCUCGCACUUUUUUUCAUUGAAUUGGGAUUCGACGCUGCGUCAAAAGAGCAACAGACAAAAGUGUUGGCAGCAAUUGUCAAGACUAUUUCAAGAUUCUCAGCUACUCAGCAGGAAAUUUUCUUUAGGUUAUUGGUACGUGCCAUGCCUGUCAGUGCCUCUGCUAUUUUUCCGACCUUGAAGGAAGCAACUGGAGGAAGAGUAGAUCAAGAAGAAGAGAAAGACGAGGUGGUCAGUGGUGUGGUGGAUAAAGUAUACGAGGCCGACGCCAAUGUUGACGUGGUGCUGGACUUUUUGUUGGAUCUGGUACUGUAUGAGCUUUCGUCCUCAACAAGUGCAAACGUAACGGUGUUUGGCCUAAUGAGGCCACGAGUGGACCGACUCGAACGAGUCAAGGUAUCGGACCUGACCCGUGAAGCAAUUUACGAACGCCAACUCCAUGCUUUGAAGCUUGUAAAGGAGAUGGCAAUUCCGACAAAAUUCAAACUGCCCGUUUAUCUUGCUGGCAGCGCUUCAUUCCACCAUGCAGUUAAGACUUUCAGCGAUGAGCAAUUAUCUCGUGUGAUUAAAUACGAGGAGAUAGAGUUAGAAGAUGCUGAUGUGGCACGGCGCUUGAUGGUGUUGGUACUCGGCAGUCAAGUAGCUCAGAGUUCCGGAACUUUCGAGGGCGCUGAUGCAAUUUUGCUGGCGAAUCGAACGCGCUUGGCCGACAGAAGUAUCUUGCAAACCCUGACACUGCUUUCGGCGUCCACAGUAGCAACGAAUGUGCUUCCCAUGAUGCUGCAACUGUUGUGCCAGUUAAUGUUUGGCACUGACCCGUCACGACCGCCAAGCAUGUCAAACAAAAUCAAGCUAGCGAGUGUGCGAUUAUGCCAGUGGACAUUCCAUCAUACCCAGCUUGCGUUGCUUGAGGGACUGCUCGGUCCUGUAGUGUUUCCAACCUUGCUACGCCUACUAAUGAACCCUCAUACUAAGAGCGAAGCAUCUAGCGCGGAUUUUGUGCGGGAAUUUCGUGAGGGUGUUUACGAAUCACUAUCAGUGCUUGCAAACCGUGCUCCCUUACUUGUUUCAACAUCUGAGCAGUCUUUCCAGGUAUUACUUGUGUGUUGUCUUGCGGAGGAAGAUGAUCGAACGGGCGUGGGUGCGGAUGCUCUGAAGGCGUUUACAUCAUUCGCUAAGGCAUAUGCGGCAGCAGCUACAUCUGAAGUGCGGGUAAAGGUGAUUCAAGAACUGAUUGCACUACUCAAUGGCUCCAAGCUCUUCGACCUCAGCAAAAAUUAUGCGCGCGUUAGAGGGGCAAUAGCUGCUUGGUGCGCUGAAUUGUUGACUACUUCUGUCCCAGAAAAAGAUGACAUUGCGUUGCGCUUCGCCGUGAUGCGACUGGAGUUAGUUCCUGACGAAGAUACCCGGCGCUUUUCCAAUAAAGCAUUAUUCGCCAAGCCAUUUCCAUCCACAGGUAUACUCGCACGAAGUCUACAAGCAACUUUUCCGCAGCACCUUACAACCAAGAUGCCUGAUUUUGCAGCCGAACGUUGUGUCCAAUUUUGUGUUGAGAUUCUUAAGGCUUCUAAAGGAAGUGACACACAGGACGAGCGGAACUGCAUCGUGGAGCUCAUUACGCGUUUACUUUUGAGGUCAACGGAGCAACAUGAGUUUGAUGCUGCCCGAUCUUCUCAAAUUUUUGAAACAACAGCUAAUGCGCUUGUGGAAGUAUGUGAAUUUGACGCUAAAAGUGUGAGUGAUAUACUUUCCGGUCAAGUGGUAAAACUUUUCGACGUUGCAUCUGUUAGCCAAGACCGUACAUUCCUGUCGAAUAUUUCUGCAAUUGUGAUGUGCACCUGCAGAGCUGGACAGCUCUGUAUCAGCCAAGUCGUGUCAGAUACCAUUGUUGUUGGCACGACCAGGCUGACAUCAAGCAAAGCGUCAGCGAAGGAGUUGUCUGGGGUGCUUUAUGUCCUCGGCAGUGCGUUGAACUACAUUGAUUCUGAAUACCUGGUAGAUGCUAUUUCCAUUGACGAGAUGCAACUGAUUUUGCUGUGCUUUCGGACGAUGGUUGAUCUUCUUCAUCACACGGUAAAAAAUGGCUCGGAUAUUACGAUGUAUCCGAGAGGUGAAAGAGCUCAGAAUGAGCAUUUGGCGUUGCUGAGAAGUGCCUUGGAUGGAAUUGGUCUCAGUGGUACGCUGACGAAUUUUAUGCGGAGUUCUGUGGGUGUUGAGUGGAGUCUGCUCAAAAGUAAAACGCUUGUAGACUUGCGACUAGUGGUUGAGUGGAAGCUAAAGGCUGUCCAAUUUGAUGACCAGCUGAGUUUAAAGUUGGAGGCCAUAAAGCAAGUCUCAAUCGAGAAUUUAGGCCGAGCCGUAUCAGGUCUGCCUGGUGUUAUAUCUUCGGAUUUGUCAAGUGGCGUCGAAGACGCCCUGAAUGCUCUCUUCGAUCUACAGAUGGAGAACGAUACCGAAAUGCAAUUUAAAGUAGGUGAAGCGCUCGUAGCACUCGGAACCCAUGAUUCAGAGGAGAGUUAUGCGGUGCAUCGUGACUCGUUUUCAUCGAAUCGUGCUGCCGCAAUUUUCGAGCGGGUGUUAGCGGAGUAUGCUGGAUCUCGACAACUCAAACAACGCCGGAACGCCACGGUGUGGCUCUUGUGUAUAUGUGCGGCAGGCCUGACAACACCAUCGCCUGGAAAUGAAAGUACACCAGUAUCUGCAACGUCGUGGAAUAGCGUGUUUAGAUCUGCCGCGUAUUCACAAUCAGUUUUAAGUGUACACGAGUUUUUUGUGACGAUGCUGAACGACACGAAUGGAGUCGCAAAAGAAAGUGCGGUGAAAGGACUGGCAUAUCUGCGACUACGUUCGCCAACCGACGAAAUGGGAACUCAGUUCAGCGAAAGCCUAUUCCGACGACUGCGAUGUUUUCGAGCUUUUGCUUCUACAAGUGAUGCCGUUGAUGAUGAUGAAAAUGGCGAUAUCAGUGACAGAGCGGUUGAUGGACCAACUGCACCUGUUGCGCCUUCACCAUCAUCAAGAUCUAUCGUUGAAAAUGCAGCAUAUCGAGAAGUCAGCAAUGUUGCAGCUGAUGUCGGCGAUCCGGAACUCAUGUAUGCGUUGUUAUACUUGAGCACUAAUGACCCGAUUUGGGGGUCAUUGCCAACGUUGCCUACAUCUGCAGGGAUGCUAAGAUCUGGCAUGUUCUCUUUCGUCAUGAUCGAUAACUGCUUUCGCGCUUCGAUCGCCGCCAAAGCUGGCAGUCAGUGGAUGGCAGACGACUACUCCAAAAAAGCAAAGCUCGUUCCAUGGUUGUUUCUGCUGAAGUUUCAUUCAAAUGGCAAAGUGGCAGCCGUCAUGGGUAGCUUGUGGGAAUUAGCUAAAGGAGAUCCUGCAACUGUUGCUAUAGCUAAGGGAGAAAAAACGGUGCUUCGACCGAAUUGGGCCCUCUUAUUUCAGUUUGCUCUGACGCGGCUCGAAAAAGCACGGAAUUUCAAGUACCGUGAAGCCGCAUGUCUUGCCCUUAUUGAUUUGCUCAAUGGCGCCGAAGCGGAUGAAUUAAGGGAAGAUUUUGUAAGACUCUGGAUUACUGCAUCUCGCGCGGUAGAUGAUGUCAUAGAGACGGUCGCGCUUGCAGGUGUAAAGCUGUACCGCUACCUGGGUGAAACGAGUUUGCGUAUUGCUGCAAGCGAUGCAGUGUGCAGUUCUCAACUGCUAGAUUUCUUAGUUGGAAACGGAAUCGUGAGCAAAAAUACAAUCUGCCGCGCACUGAGCAUUGACGUAUUGUUACGCCUCGUAAAGACGCUAAAGGCGUUUGAUAUUCAGAACCGCCUUGCACCGCUAUUGUUGAAGUUACUGGAGUACCUGUCGUCGCUGGAAAUGCCAGAGCUGCAGUACGCUCAAUUUCACGUGGAAAAGAAAGAUCAACUAGAGCGAUUGCGUGUUUCCAUUAGCCAGGCAGGACCUGUUGGCCAACUUUUGGAAUUAGCAACAGCGCGGCUGAAAGAUCUUGCUGGUUCUACCUGUUGUGUUACCGUGGUCGCUGAACUUGUUCGUGGCGUAGCCAACCUGCUGAAGUUUGGUGUCGGGCUCAACACAAGAGUGGGUACUGCUAAUUUUGUAAUAUCCCUAGCGGCUGAGCUUCCCUUUGAGCUCCGCAAGUGCAAUGGGGCGGAGUUGCUGCUGCGCCGUGUACUACUUCCGUACGUGAGCAUGAAGACAGCGGCUGAAAAUGAUCAGUAUGGGGACGAAGAGAGUCGAUACGGUAGCAUAAGCAGAGGUUUCUCCGUCGAAGGGAGUAGUUCGACUUUAGCCGCGACUUCGGGGUUGACGGAUGGACUAGUAGUUCAGAGCUACUGUCGAGCUGCCGCAUACUUGUGCCCACUUGUCGAUGCAGCUUCAGUUCGUGACUACGUCCGAUCUGGAAUUUUCGCUUUCAACGCCUUUAGUAUGUCUACCAGUAAGACCGUCGGUCCUGUUUCUCACGACACGGAAAUUGAAGAGGCGGAGGCGGCGGAAGGUACCCGAUCAAAAUCACUCAAGGUAUACACGAGUCGAUUUUUGCUAAUUAGUGCACUAGCGACGAUGGAGCUUGUGAAGAAGGUUCCACCAAUCGCAGAUGCAGACACCGUGGUGCUCGAUGAUUUGCGUAAUACAUGGUAUUGCACGCAUGUCUUCCCCGCCGCGUUUAUCGGCCAGUUUGCUGCUACAGACGCUCUCAAAAGCUCGUGGAUGAUUGUGUUGGACGAGUUACCACCCACGGUACUUUACUCUACGAGAUCAUUGGAUGCUGUACUUCAUGCUGUCGCGCUGCUCUUGGCACAUCCAGCUUGGGACACACGGCGACAGGCCGCUCGAGCUUUGCAAGCGAUUUUCGCGAGCGCCACGUACCGCUCAAAACUCUCUAUGGAGCAAGUUGCACGCAUCUGGAACGAGCUGCUUAAUGCUGUGCCAGGCCGUCUUUGGAGGGGCAAGGGUGUAAUUUUGGAGUCCAUUGUCUCUUUGUCGGCUGUAAAAAUGGAAAACGAAGCAACCGACAACGAUGGUAAAUGGACCGAGAAGUUGUCGCUGCUUCUUGCUGAAGAAUGUGCUCGCGCAUGGAAGAACCAAGAUUUGGCGUAUCUCGAGAGCGCAAUUGUAAACCUAGGAAAGUUUUCUGCAUUGUUGCCUGCUGGUCAAUGCAAUUUGCGUGCGUCGAAUGUGCGGUAUCUGAGAAACUCAUUUGCUGAGUGGAUGACAGGGAACAAAAUGGAGUCCUCCGAGUCUUCCAAGCCGUCGUUGCCACCGCUGCUUAUAAAAUGCGUAUUUGAAGCGCUUGCGCUUAUGUGGUCUCCCCUGGCAGCAACACAAGAAACAACAGAUAGCAUAGAUGUCGAGACGGGUGUGGAGACAAUGUUGUGGCUUUGCGCGAGCGUAGAAUCGCCUCAUUUGGCCGCCUGGAGUAUUCGAAGAGCCAUUUUCCAGACUUUGGCUGCAGUUGUUAAUCGUGCAACUCUCCAGGGGCUUGGUGGAAGCAGAAGUGUUGUCGAGCGUCUUGUCGAUAGCUGCUGCGGAUCGUUUGGUGUAGCUGACGGCAAGUACUCGAUGAUUCGUGUCGCCGCAGCUGGAACUCUUGUGGCGUUGUUAAAACGUGCAGUACACAACGCGGAUGUGGCGUUAAAUCUGGUAGUCCAGCGAGAGCGCGUGUCAGCUGCAAUGCAAACGCUGCUGGAGAGCGACGAAGCGCCGGAACAACAGGCAGCUUAUAAUCUAAAGUCUCAGCUAUUACUGAUGCCUUAA